GCAGAGAGAAAUUGACUAAUUAGCAAUGCGCACUAAAACUUGACGGUUCUUUAUAGAGAGAAGAGAAGAGAGAGGGAGAGAGAGGGAGAGGGAGGGAGGGGGGGCUCGCUUUUUCCCCUUCUUUCUUCCAAAGAUGUUUGAAAUCGCAGUCAUUUACGCUCGACAAUUUUUACAAUAGCCUUGAGCCAUAAUUUUGCGAGUCUCUCCAGCAUCCAUCCCCCUGUAUGGUCUCUCUCUACUGGCCAAGCACGACCAUUUCUCUCCCCAACCGUGGAUUUCCUAUUACUCUCGUUACGACUCACUGAGCCCCAGGCCCAAGGAUAAUGAUGUGUUGUUUCUUGGUAGCAUAAUUUGUCACACGUACAUUUUUUCUUCUUCUUCUCUUGCAGAAAGCUCUGCUCCCUCUCUCUCUCUCCCUCUCUCUCCUCUCUCUCUCCCUCUCUCUUUCUCUCUUUUCUCCCUCUCCUCCUAUAUUUUCUUGCUGUUGCUAAUUCAUGGUGAUCAAAUGAUGUACGACAAAAUAAAUUGUACAGAGUGACUGCCUGGAGUUGGGAGCCAGAAGGUGUAUUCCCCUCCCAAGGAGAGAGCAAACCUUUAAAAAGGAAGGACAAUUGAUUUUGGGGGGAGCUUAAGUGAGCCCUGACUUUGCAGCUGGCUGACAGCAGGUUGGAGGAGGGUUUAAAGCCAGGUGCGCCGAGUCAGCUCGCCAUGUCCAGAUCCGGGGACAGGACCUCCACCUUCGACCCCAGCCACAGUGACAACCUGCUGCACGGCCUCAACCUGCUGUGGAGGAAGCAGCUAUUUUGCGACGUGACCCUGACGGCCCAGGGCCAACAGUUCCACUGCCACAAGGCCGUGCUGGCCUCCUGCUCGCAGUACUUCCGAUCACUCUUCUCCAGCCACCCCCCUCUCGGGGGAGGGGUCGGCGGCCAGGACGGCCUGGGGGCCCCCAAGGACCAGCAGCAGCAGCAGCAGCAGCAGCAGCAGCAGCCUCCACAGCAGCAGCAGCCACCGCCACAGGAGGAGCCCGGGACUCCUUCCUCCUCCCCCGACGACAAGCUGCUGACCAGUCCCCGAGCCAUCAACAACCUCGUGCUGCAGGGCUGCUCGUCCAUCGGGCUGCGCCUAGUGCUCGAAUACCUCUACACGGCCAACGUGACCCUCUCCCUGGACACCGUGGAGGAGGUGCUGUCGGUCAGCAAGAUCCUGCAUAUCCCUCAGGUCACCAAGCUCUGCGUUCAGUUCCUCAACGACCAGAUCUCGGUGCAGAACUACAAGCAGGUGUGCAAGAUCGCCGCCCUGCACGGCCUGGAGGAGACCAAGAAGCUGGCCAACAAGUACCUGGUGGAGGAUGUGCUGUUGCUUAACUUCGAGGAGAUGCGUGCCCUGCUGGACUCGCUGCCGCCCCCCGUGGAGUCGGAGCUGGCACUUUUCCAGAUGUCCGUGCUGUGGCUGGAGCACGACCGCGAGACCCGCAUGCAGUACGCGCCUGACCUCAUGAAGCGCCUCCGCUUCGCGCUCAUCCCCGCCCCGGAGCUGGUAGAGCGGGUCCAGUCCGUGGAUUUCAUGCGCACCGACCCGGUCUGCCAGAAGCUGCUGCUGGACGCCAUGAACUACCACCUGAUGCCCUUCAGACAGCACUGCAGGCAGAGCCUGGCCAGCAGAAUUCGCUCUAACAAGAAAAUGCUGCUGUUGGUUGGAGGGUUGCCUCCCGGACCGGACCGGCUCCCCAGCAAUCUGGUUCAGUAUUAUGAUGACGAAAAGAAGACGUGGAAAAUACUCACAAUUAUGCCUUACAACAGCGCCCACCACUGCGUUGUCGAGGUAGAAAACUUCCUGUUCGUGUUGGGCGGAGAGGACCAAUGGAAUCCAAAUGGAAAACACAGCACAAAUUUUGUCAGCCGGUAUGAUCCCCGAUUUAAUAGUUGGAUCCAACUUCCACCCAUGCAAGAAAGGAGAGCCAGUUUCUAUGCCUGCCGCUUGGACAAGCAUUUAUACGUGAUUGGCGGGAGGAAUGAAACCGGCUACCUGUCCAGUGUGGAGUGCUACAACCUGGACACGAACGAGUGGCGCUAUGUGUCCUCUCUGCCUCAGCCGCUGGCAGCCCAUGCAGGAGCAGUGCACAAUGGGAAAAUAUAUAUUUCAGGGGGUGUGCACAAUGGAGAGUACGUGCCAUGGUUGUACUGUUAUGACCCUGUCAUGGAUGUCUGGGCCCGCAAACAAGACAUGAACACGAAACGUGCCAUCCACACUUUGGCUGUGAUGAAUGAUCGCUUAUAUGCAAUUGGAGGGAAUCAUUUGAAAGGUUUCUCCCACCUUGACGUCAUGCUUGUAGAGUGCUAUGACCCAAAAGGUGACCAGUGGAAUAUUCUCCAAACCCCCAUCCUGGAGGGUCGAAGUGGCCCUGGCUGUGCGGUGCUUGAUGACAGCAUUUACCUGGUGGGGGGCUACAGCUGGAGUAUGGGUGCCUACAAGUCAUCUACGAUCUGCUAUUGUCCAGAAAAGGGAACCUGGACUGAACUCGAAGGCGACGUGGCUGAACCCCUGGCAGGCCCAGCCUGUGCAACAGUCAUCCUACCAGCCUGUGUUCCCUACAACAAAUAACAGAAGGAAACCCUGGCACAGUGCCACGUUGAGGAUGCAGUGACAGGUGAGGCUGCCAUCCUGCAUGAACCAUGCGUUCCAGGGGUACACGGCCAAAAGCCACCUCUGCUUCCUGACUCACAAGUAACUACAAAAGAAAGAGGCCUGCUCUUGAGCAGAGACUGUUGUCUGCAACUCAGAUCACAUUCAGCUUGCAGUGGUGGCAGACUCUUCCAUAUCAGACUGGUUAGCUUGUUCCACCUUUACACAAAGUCACGAGGAGCUGAACUUUCAAAGAGAGAACGAUAAAUCCCAGAAGACUGGCCCCAGAGACCUAAGAUCCGUAUUGUGCAUUGUGUCCUAACUGCAUGUGAUAGACGUUGACAUUUGGAGGAUAUUUUGUACAUGAAUGAUUCAAAAUCCGACCCACCAGAAUGUUGACCCUGCAUUCCAGAAAUUGCCACUUGAUUCUGUGUCUGUCAUGCUUGGCUUCUUCACCAACUCCAUAGGUAACACAGCAACCAAAAACCACAGAAGAUGGAAGAUGGGCAUCUUUGUUUCUACACAGUCAUAGUUUGUAUUCCUUACAGCUCACAGGAGAUUAGGGAAAAGUAAGUUGUUGGUCUCUUUAGCAAUUGUUCUCUGCCAGAGUCUUAAUUUCAUGUCUUUGAUUCUCCUUGAAAAUUAAAACCAAGUACACUCUGUCGCUCUUCAGCUCCCAGAAGCUUCUGAUUCCUCAUUUCUUAUAGCAUUUUAUGUAGUGAACAUAAGGACAAUUUGCCUCAAAAGACAAGACCAACAAAUUCCAUCCUAGAAUAUUUCAGAAAUUCUGUUGGAUAACAAUUUGUCCCAAAUUCAAUCCAAAACAAAGCUGACAAAUUACUUUCAGGAAUUCAAGCACACAAGGAAAACCUUCUCUUGAGUACAACCUCAAUUAUCUUUCUGGUUCUUCAAACACAUAACUUACAGCUGAAGAGCUUGCUCAGUGGUUAAGAGCACUUGCUUCUCAGGCACAGGACCUGGGUUUGGUUCUCAGCACCCACAUGGCGGUUUACAACCAUCCAUAACUCUAGCUCCAGGGCAUCCAUCGCACCAGGUACGCAUGCAGUGCACUUACAUACUUAUAAACAAAACACUUGUACAUGUAAAAUAAAAGUAAAUAUUUUAAAAUAAUUAAUAAAAAAAAUUGCAAAUUCAUAGCACCUGACAGUACACUUCCUCACCUUUAGCUGGCUUUAGACACUCAAUUCUCUUAUUACUCCGCUCAUCACCAGAGAUGCCUGGAUGCGGUUGCGUGAGAAUUGAUACUUGUCUUUAGAAACUGAAAAAGAUCAGGAGAGCAUGACAUGGUCUCUUUGUGGCCAAUCAGAAAAGCAAAACUAACAGGAACAUGAAUUUGACUUUCAAGCUCAUCUGAGUUUGACCAACAACUGGCACUUAUAAGCGCCUAAAUAUUAUUUUUUAACCACAAAGAAGUGUCGAACCCUUCAACAAAUGUGAUAUUCAAAAUACCAAGUAAAGGAAGCCACAGAUGAGAACAAAUGCCUUCACGGUAAGCUUUCGUGAGGACCUCAAGAUGGCUGGGCACACCAGAAUCCAACAACGUUUCUACAGAAAAGUGCAAUCUUUGUUGUUUUGUAUUUAUUUGUAUGUUCAGAUCCAAAGGAUCCGUUGUAAAAAAAAUAUAUAUAUAUGAAUAUAUAUACAUAACCAGUGCAAUCAGCUUUCUUUUUUUUUCCUUGAAAACAUACGAAUAUAUUAAAGAAAGACAAUAAGAAUGGGGGAAACUCCCCCUGGCAUCCUGAAGAACAUGUGCUGUUUCAGAAACCAUAUUCUCAGCCAUCGCCGUUUCUUCCAAAAGUUGUUGUUUAUACAAGCGUUUCAGCUUUCCUUAGAUUUGUUCUUUGCUUUAUUUUUUAUCACUAGCCAAAUUAAAUAAAAGCACUUAUGAGAACUCUAAAGCUUUCUGUAUUUCAGAGAGAUACAAAUUUCUAGAAAGUGAGAAGGGAAUAAAGUCACAGAGAAUGUAAAUUUUGUACAGUACUAGGAUGUAAAUGAAGCUUGCCUGGAAGGGGGAAAAUUUAAAUAAAAACUUUAUGUACGAAUUUAUCUGUCUCUCAUG